GUAAUUAAAGCGCUGGCAUUGGGCGCGAGGGCUGUAUUCAUCGGAAGGCCUAUACUGUGGGGACUCUGUUAUGAUGGAGUGAAUGGUGUGGAGGAAGUGUUUGCAAUCCUGCGAAAGGAACUCGAUAUGGCUCUGGCGUUGUCGGGCUGUUCACGACUCAGCCAUCUCUCAGAGAAACCAUCCCUUAUUGUAUCACAAAAUUACUAUAAAUCUAUGCUUUAGAAUACGUUUUCCACUUUCAAUAGAUUUUAUGAUUUAAAAAAAAGUUUUUUUCCAAUAAACGACAAAUUUUUGACUAAA